AUGCCAGGUCAACAAGCCGAUUCAGCCAAUUAUGUCUACUUUGAUCGCUCGACUGCUGGCUUCUCCAAAGCGACACUCGAGAAGGCCAUGGCCACCAAGGUGAAGCUAGAGCACGGGUAUCGCAAAGCGGUCGAAGAGAUUGUCGAGCGCAACACGCGCCGAGCUGAGCUAGAGAAGCGUCUUGCGACCGACACAUCGAUCAGUGAUGACCGAAAAGUCAGGCAACUGAACGCACUCGGUCGCACCGAGUCGUCUUUUCUUCGAUUGAAGCGCACCCGACUCGGUCUCGAUGACUUCAGGACCGUCAAAGUUAUCGGAAAGGGUGCCUUUGGUGAGGUCAGGCUGGUGCAAAAGAUAGACACCGGUAAGAUAUAUGCCAUGAAGACGCUCCGCAAGUCGGAGAUGUUCAAAAAGGAUCAGCUCGCCCAUGUUAGAGCAGAGCGCGAUGUCCUGGCCGAAUCGAAUUCGCCAUGGGUCGUUCAGCUGUACUACUCGUUCCAGGACACAUUCUAUCUGUACCUGCUCAUGGAGUUCCUGCCUGGCGGUGAUCUCAUGACAAUGCUCAUCAAGCAUGACACCUUCAGCGAGGAUGUCACACGUUUCUACAUGGCCGAGUGUAUCCUCGCUAUUGAAGCCAUCCACAAACUCGGUUUCAUUCAUCGCGACAUCAAACCCGACAACAUCCUCAUCGACAAGGACGGCCAUGUCAAGAUGUCUGACUUUGGUCUUUCCACUGGCUUCCACAAGCAGCACGAUUCAGCAUACUAUCAGCGUUUGCUAGAAGGUGGCGCGACAAGUGCUGCUACCGCACAGCAAAACUCUCGCAACUCUUUAGCGAUCAACGCAAUCAAUCUGACAGUGUCGAACAAGGAUCAGAUCGCGACGUGGAAGGCCAACAGGCGCAAGCUCGCUUACUCGACUGUCGGUACCCCGGACUACAUUGCGCCAGAAGUCUUCUCGCAGCAAGGCUAUGGACGAGAAUGCGAUUGGUGGAGCUUGGGUGCUAUCUUCUGGGAGUGCCUGAUCGGCUAUCCUCCUUUCUGCUCAGAGAAUGCGCACGACACAUACCGCAAGAUCAUCGCAUGGCAGCAGUACCUCGUCAUCCCAGAUGAUGUCCAUCUUUCGCGCGAAGCCGAAGAUCUGAUCAAGAGGAUGAUCACCUCGCCCGAGCAACGAUUGGGACGCAACGGUGCCGAUGAGAUCAAAAACCAUCCGUUCUUCGCGGGUGUCGAUUGGAACACCAUCCGCAAUAUCGAAGCGCCCUUUGUGCCUCAUCUCAAGUCUACUUUCGAUACAUCUUACUUCCCGACUGAUGAUCUCAACGAUGUAGCGACAGAGCCUGCAGGCGACGGUACAGGCGUCGGAUCGAAAGAUCUGGCUUUCAUUGGCUAUACGUUCCGCCGAUACGAGAGUAACUCGCAUGCUUUCUGA